GCUCUGUAGACAAGUAGCGAAAAGCUUUUGAUUCUACUUUUUCCUCGUUUCUAAGUGUAGUGGAAAUGUAAAUUUAUAUUCGUAUUUCCUAGUUCUUUAUCUUUAAAAAAACAUGGAUGAAACCGAAAACAUUAAAAACUUUAACGAACAGAAGCUUGCUCGUCUCGCUACCAACCGCCUCGCGCCCUGUCGGCCAGCUCUGGGAGCUGAACUGAAGCUUCCUGCCCUGCUGUUCUCAGAAGUUCAGAACCCCUUCCAGAACUUGGUGCCAAAGCUUGCUCGAUGCCCGGAGCCCAGCCGCAAGAGCAAGGCUGCCAAGAAGGCUGCAGGAGCUGAGAAGGAUACAGGGGCCAACAAGGGGCCCCUGGCAGAGUCCUGGAGGGUUGUGGAGGACGCUGGAGCGGCUGAUCGUUCAGCCCUGGCUGACGAGCUGGCAGGACUACGCAUGGUGCUUGCUUGUCUCGCUACCAACCGCCUCGCGCCCUGUCGGCCAGCUCUGGGAGCUGAACUGAAGCUUCCUGCCCUGCUGUUCUCAGAAGAUCAGAACCCCUUCCAGAACUUGGUGCCAAAGCUUGCUCGAUGCCCGGAGCCCAGCCGCAAGAGCAAGGCUGCCAAGAAGGCUGCAGGAGCUGAGAAGGAUACAGGGGCCAACAAGGGGCCCCUGGAGGAGUCCUGGAGGGUUGUGGAGGACGCUGGAGCGGCUUAUCGUUCAGCCCUGGCUGACAAGCUGGCAGGACUAGGCAUGGUGGUGACUGGUGGUGCAUGUGCGAAGCUGCGUCCCAUCCCCCAGACAAGCUACUGUGUUCUUCCAGCAAUCAAAAGUUCCUCUCGCCAAGUGGAACCAAUCAGAGCAUCGGCCUCUGAAACACACGGGCCCCUGGGCUGCAGAGCCACACCAGAUGGAAGGGAGAGUUAUUUUCCACCUCCAACCUUGAAUGACCCUGUGACCCGGGACACCACGCCCAGUCUGCUGUCAUUGGAGGAGACCGGGGACAAGCUUUCUGUGUUGGAGGCCAUGAUGUCACACCCGGUCCUUUUGAGAAAGCCUCCUCGAUGCCCGGAGCCCAGCCGCAAGAGCAAGGCUGCCAGGAAGGCUGCAGGAGCUGAGAAGGAUACAGGGGCCAACAAGGGGCCCCUGGCAGAGUCCUGGAGGGUUGUGGAGGACGCUGGAGCGGCUUAUCGUUCAGCCUUGGCUAACGAGCUGGUAGGACUAGCUAUGGUGGUGAGUAGAAGGCCUUAAUCCACCUCCCU